AUGGCCAAUAAAUAUCUAAUUUCAGAUGCCAGAAUUAAUAACCUCGAGGAAAUAAAAGAUAUGAGAGAUUACAUCAACUGUGGAAUAUGUCUUUAGGUAGUGACUGAGGAGAGAAAUCCGAAGGAAUGUUCAAACUGUCAUAAUUAGCUAUUUUGUGAAGAUUGCUUAACCAAAUGGAAAAGGUGUAAUGAGACACUUGGAAUUAAACUACUUCCUGCUCAUGAAUAUAACUGUGGCUAUGGCAACACCUAUAACUCGAUAGUAGGACUAAAGCUAGACAAAUGUAAAUUCUGUAAAGAAUCAGCUCCUUCUAGAUUUAGUACGAAUAAUGAACUUGGUGAAAGCGCUGAAAAAGAAAUUGAUAUUAAUAAGCAUUUAUGUGAUAUCAAGCAGCGGUAAUGGUGUUUGACUCACAAGAGAACAGGAACAUUUUUCACUAUCGAUAGAAUAGUAAAUUAUGAAGAGUACGAGCAGUUAUUUGAAUUAUUCAAAUGUCAAUUGUGUGAAGGACUUAUUAGAAUGCCAAAAUCAUGUAAUAAUUGCAAGUACAAUUUUUGCACGAUCUGUAUUAGCAGCAAACUAAUGGAAAGGGAUGUGUGCCCUGCAUGUUUUGAACUUAAUCCUUAAUUCUCUGAAAUGUCAAGAAAUCUCUGCCAAAUAAUAUCUAAAUUCAAGAUAAAAUGCAAAAACAGCGGAAUGGGAUGUGAUUAGGUCUUUGAAUAUGAUAAAAUUAUCGAGCAUGAACUGCAAUGUGGCAUUUGUCAGGAUUGCAAAUCUUACUGCGUAAAAUGUUAGAAGUCUAUAGAUAUUGGAACAAAUCAUGAAUGCUAAAUCGAAGAAAGACAAGAGUUUUCGCUUCUAGCGUAGGAUAAUGUAUUUGAUUCUUUGAUUCCUAAUGUUCCUGCCUAAAUUGAACAUCAAAGGCCGCCGCAAGUUGUCAGGUAACCACCAGCAAUAAUCCCAUUAACGAACCAAAUUAUUUUGAAAUGCAGAGAAAUUGGAACAGCUAAUCCCAUUCUGAUUAUUGUCUUUAUCAUUCUAGAUUUUCUGCACUAAAACUUCAUGCUAUUUGCUUAUAUAUAUUAUGCUAUCACUCAAGAUUUCAUUAACAUCCCGACUUAAGUCAGUUAUUGUAUUGCAACAGGCAUUUUUUACAUUGUCUCUCAGAUACCUUAAAUUGAUUAAAUUCUUCAUAUGAGGAAAACUUAUGGAAAUUAUAGAUUACUUAGUAAAUUUCAAAAAAUUGGAAUGAUAUUUUCAGGUUUCUUCAAUGCCAUAUAUGUGGUAUUCGUGUUCUUUAUAAAUUGUGAUUCUUUAAUGACUGAAUUUGCCUAAAAAAUGGGAGAUAUUUACAUUGCAAGAAAUGACUGA